GAUAUAUGAUCAUCCCUGUUACUAUUUGUAUACGUAAGACAUAUUCCUGCUGUUCUCAUCGCUGCUUUGAGUAGCUGCUGUUAUUCAACCCCAACGAACUAAUACACAAACUUCAAAAGAACUAUAUAAAAUGAAGUCUACGAUCGCCUGUCUGUUGGUGUUGGCUGUUGCCGCCCAAGCUCAAUUCUUCGGAUACGGUGCCGUGUUCGCUGUCUAUCUCGCCGCCUUACCCGUCGCUUAUGGCUACCCUUCUAUCUCUGCCACCCAGUACCACGCCCAGGACGAGCUCGGCCAGGCCAGCUUUGGCUACGCUCACCCCGGACAGGCCGCCAACAACCUCCGUGACGGUUUCGGCAACCAAAUCGGCAGCUACGCUUACAUCAACCCGGAAGGCAAGGAAGUCCGUGUCUCCUACACCGCCGACUCCCGAGGCUUCCGCGUCCAAUCCAACAACUUGCCCGUCGCUCCCGUCGCCAAUUUAGUAGCGCCCGUCCAAGUCCAAGACACACCCGAAGUAGCCGCUGCCAAGGCCGAUCACUCCGCCGCUAUCGCCGCUGCCAAGUCCGGAGUCGCCCCCGUCGCUCCAGUUGCCCCCAUUGUCGCUCUUCCGGCCCCAGUCCAGGACACUCCCGAGGUGGCCGCUGCCAAGGCGAAAUUCGCCAUUAAAUUCGCCGCCGCCAAGGACGCCGCUAUCCCAGCCGUCCGUGCUAAGCGCCAAGCAGUCUAUGGCUACAGAGGUGUUCCAAUCCCUUACCUCGGCUAUGCUGCUGUUUCCCCUUACGCCUACUCAGUUGCCGUUCCGGCUCUGGAGUUGGGGGGCGAUCCCAUCGAAAUUGCUGGGCUUUUCGAAGGUGAUAUUGCUGGCGUCUCGAGUGCGGACAUGGCCGGUCUGUGAAGCCACUUUGACAAAGGUCAUCCACACCCCUGGUCACGCAGUCUCUUAGCGCGUCGACUAAAUUUAUGUUUAAUAGCAUCUUAAACUUUUUUCUAUUCUUUUUCUUAUAUCCUUUAUAAUUCUGCGAAAAAAAUUGUUUACGGAAAUUCGAAAUCAAUUUCUUUUUCGUCACAGAGUAAACAUACGCCGUCUAAUUUAUUAAAAGAGCACAUAUAGAGACUAUAUCAUAUCAAAAGCCAAUUCACUCUACAGCAUACACAGCAGCGUUAAUUAAUUCAAACAAUAUUUCUGGAUGCCUGAUAAUAUAGAGUAACGAUCUUUGUUGUCCUCUAUUAAUAAUGUGUAGACCAAUAAAUGUUUUGAAGUGUC